CCAUCCGCGCCACCUCCGCUUGGACCGCUUUUAUAUAAGAAAGCCACAGCACCGGUCUAGCUCGUAUCACUUUGCAUCUCUUCACAUCUCUGAUCUCUAUCUUUUCCACCGUAAAAUCCUCUAAUACACGAAUAAUACCAGUAAUGGAUGGGGAGAUGGACUGGAUCGCGGCGCGGUUCCUGCUGUCCACCAUACUCGGGGUGCACCCGCUGGUGGUCCUGGAUGACGGCGGCCGCGACGAAGAGCACUUCCCCGUGGACGACCACGGCCAGCGCGUGAUGGUGCCGGCGGCGAUGGUGGCGCCAGAGGGGCUGGCCGGCGUGUCGGUGUGCGCGGUGUGCACGGAGGAGGUCACGGCAGGACAGGCCGUGGUGCGGCUGCCGUGCGCGCACUGGUACCACGCCGGCUGCAUCGCCCCCUGGCUGCGGAUCAGGAACAACUGCCCGACGUGCCGGGCCGAGCUGCCUCGGGAGGCCGGGGCGGAGAGGCCGCGGCCGCCGGUGCAGCAUGCCGCACGGCUGGCGGAGGCGGCGAUGGAGACGGCCGGCGGCGGCGGGAGGCAUCCUACACGAUGCUGGCCGGCACGUUACCCAGCUAAUAAUUAAACUAGCUACGAUCCGGUGGACGUGACAGCCUGACAGGCAACGCGUGCGUGACAGUAGUACUAAGAUAUUUGAAUUUUUUUUUAUAUUAACUACGUCUCUGCCUGCAUCGUUGCUACAUAAAAGUUACAUUUUCAAUAACAAUCUAAGUGCACCGACGUGCAAGCCAUCACAUUGACAUUCUCAAUAACAAUCCAAGUGCACCGGCGUGCAAGCCAUCACAUUGACCGGAUCUUCAUUCUGAUUAAACUUGGUUGCAAAACAAGUGAUGCUAGGAGCGUAGCUGCACACCAUAUAGCAUCAGGCAGAGAAACCGGAGAGACUCCGGUGAAUUGUCGUUGUUCUCCUUCACAUACGUUUCUUUCGCAAUAAAAUGCACAUGAUGGAGCACCA